AUGGACUCUAACCCUCAGUUAGGGUUUACAGCCAUUCCAUAUGAUAACAAGGGAAGAAGUUCUCAGAACUUCAAAUAUAACAGAUUCCAGGACAUAAGUGAUGGAGAGAUGGUGAAUACAGAGGAUGUUAGGGUUGAAGAGGAAGUAUCAGGCGAAAAAAAGAAAUUUACGAGUAAAAAUAUUGGGAAGAAUAUUGUGGAAGAAAACAAACUUGCAAGCUUAUCUAAACAUCAUUUCAAACACCCUGGAGACUUGGAAGGUUCUGUGCAGAAACAACAAGACAUGGGUGACUGUGUUAUUAAGGAUGGUGGUUUGACCAUGGGAUUUCACGUUGUAAUUGACCCAAAGGAGAUAGAACCUCUGGACUUGCAGGGUAUGCCCACUAGUAAUGAUAAGUUUAUCAAUCUAAAUGGGGAACCAACAAGUGUGAAAGUUGAGGACAUUAGUGAAGCUCUAGAACAAAAGGAAGUUGUGACAGAAACUCCACUGGGAAACUAA